GUCCGGGGGACUCGGAUGCUCAGCACACUAAAACUCAAGCUCAAGGCUACUCCAGAACCACAACACACCAGUAACCCCAGCUUCUCUCUAUGCCCCCCUCCCUCCAGGAGCAGUAACUGUGUGGGUCUCUCUGCCCCGCCCCUCUCGGCCCUCAUCACGCCGGAACCCGUCCGUCACUACCGGAUCCCUGACCUCCCAUUGGACAGCAGCCUGCUGUUUGAGUUCCUGCUCUUCCUCUACCUGCUGGUGGCGCUGUUUGUUCAGUAUAUUAAUAUCUACAGGACUGUGUGGUGGUACCCUUAUAGUCACCCUGCUGCCUCCACCUCUCUGAACUUCCAUUUGAUGGACUACCACCUGGCUAUCUUCAUCACAGUGAUGCUGGCCAGGAGACUGGUGUGGACUAUAGUGUCAGAGGCCUCUCAGACCAGUCCAUGUUCCUUGGUACGGUACGUGGUUCUGAUCGCAGCACGGCUCAGCCUCCUCACUCUGUGUGGCUGGGUUCUCUGUUGGACCCUGGUCAACCUGUUCAAGAACCACUCGGUGCUCAACCUGCUCUUCCUUGGAUACCCGUUUGGGGUGUAUGUUCCCCUGUGUUGCUUCCAUCAGGAGAGUAGGGCCCAGCCAGUGCCUUCAGACUGUGGUUACUCAGACCAGGACCUGUCCCACGGGCCCUUCUUCAGGCCUAAGGACUUCCUAGCGUUACUAAGGGAGAACCUGAGAGAGCAGUUUACCACUCCAGGCCACAUCCCCCACCACACCUGUCCCCAGCCCCCGUCUCCAGAACUCAUCCGCAGCGAGGUGGAAGAACUCCGGAGCGACUUCAACCGUCGCAUCAAGGAAGUUCUCUUCAACUCCCUCUUCAGCGCUUACUACGUAGCCUUCCUCCCCCUCUGCUUCGUCAAGAGUACCCAGUACUAUGACAUGCGCUGGUCCUGUGAGCACCUGAUCAUGGUGUGGAUCAAUGCGUUUGUGAUGCUGAUGAGCCAGCUGUUACCUCCCAGCUACUGUGACCUGCUGCACCGCUCUGCAGGCCACCUGGGGCGCUGGCAGAAGCUUGAGCACGGAUUCUACAGCAACGCGCCACAGCAUGUGUAGGUGGUCCCCACACACACACACACACUACUAGAGCAACGGCCUACAGCACGCUUAGGUGGUCCCCACACACACACACUACUACAGCAACGGCCUACAGCACGCUUAGGUGGUCCCCACACACACACUACUACAGCAACGGCCUACAGCACGCUUAGGUGGUCCCCACACACACACACACUACUACAGCAACGGCCUACAGCACGCUUAGGUGGUCCCCACACACACACACACACACUACUACAGCAACGGCCUACAGCACGCUUAGGUGGUCCCAACACACACACACACUACUACAGCAACGGCCUACAGCACGCUUAGGUGGUCCCCACACACACACUACUACAGCAACGGCCUACAGCACGCUUAGGUGGUCCCCACCCACACACACUACUACAGCAACGCGCCACAGCACGCUUAGGUGGUCCCCACACACACUUCUACAGCAACGACCCACAGCACGCUUAGGUGGUCCCCACACACACACACUUCUACAGCAACGACCCACAGCACGCUUAGGUGGUCCUCACACACACACACACUUCUACAGCAACGACCCAC